AUGACAGACAUUCCAAAUGCCCCUCCUAUAAAACGUUUAUCCAGCACAAUUCAAAAGUUAACUCGAGAUUUGAGAAAUGUUAGUAGAAUAACUUUGGGUUUUAGAAAUGAAUUUUUUGAAAGUAAAAUUUUGUUGAUUAAAGAGAAGAGAGCGGAAUUCCGUUUGGUUGCUAUUGACAUAAUUUAUCAAUGUGACAGUUUGGUUAAAUUUGGUAAAAAGUUAAUGAUCUUUUUUGAAUCUUGCAGUGAUAUGUCUAUUCCUGACGGAGAUUUAUUAGAGUUUUUGCGUUUACUUUUAACAACGGCUAAAAGAAAUAAAGAUGCAACAAAAGCUAUCCAAUCCACAAUUAAAUCUCUCGCGGAUGAUUUGAAAACACUUCAUAAUGAAUUGAUUAAAUUUGAUUUAAAUAAUAUGAAUAAUAUUGAUCCUAAAACAAAUAAGAAAAAAAAAACCGCUGAAUCAGAUAAAAAAGCAUUUACUGCAAUAUCAGUAACUGCUGGCGUUAUUGGUAUUUCGGAUACCGCAAAUUUAGAUGCUACAAUAAAAGGAAAAGAAGCUAAAGCGUUAGAUGCCGUUUUAAGUGAAAAGAAAGAUCAAGUGAAGGUUAAAUCAGAAGGUUUACAAGAUGUUUCUUCUCAGAUAAGUUCAAAUUUACAUGAGAUGGAAAAUUUCUGGGUAGAACGUAUUGCUUUUUUAGAAAUACUUAUUGAACAGUUUGAAAGCAGCAGUAAACGUGAAACUCGUCCCAACAAAUUAAUGAUUGAAGCAUUAGAAGAAGAAUGGAAGGAAAUAAUUGAAGAAUGUAAAGGUUGUUCUCGUGAUAUAAGAAAUGAAAUAGAGAAUGAUUUUAAUAAUCGUAAGAACUGA